AGCUCUGGCUCCUCCCUCCCUGGAGGCAGCACAAGUGGCUGCAGCCCAGAUUCUGGGUGAAGCCAAGUGUCCAAGUGCUGUGAAGAGCAAGUUCCAGGACCCCCAGAUCUUGGGGGGUACCCAAUCUGGACAGGUGCAGAAUAGCCAGCCGCUGUAAAUUUGAAAAGGCCUGGGUUAGAAACCCAAAUCGUUGCUACAACCUGCCCAAAUACCUGCACACAGUUAAGGCCCUGAGGUGAUGGUGGAUGAUGUAGCUGCAGAGUGGUAGGGGAAGUCAGCCCUAGGACUGGGAGCAGUGAGGUUGAGAAUAACCAUACUUGUCCAUUCUCAGCAUGAUCCCCCCCCCAUCUUCACUCAGCCUCCUCUGCCCCAGCCUCUUCCUGCUGUUCCAGACUGCCCCUGCAGCCUCUGCUCUGCCUUUUGGCAUUCCAAACCUAAUUCCUCUCCUUUCCAGCGACCCUUUUCUUGAGCCUUCCCAUACGAAUUUCUGCUGCGGCUUAUUUGGUAGAAGGACUUCCUGUUAACGCAGGGCCCCUCCUCUUGAAACCCCACCCUGCAGUCUCCCCAAGUUUUGCCUCAUCUCCCUUCCCUUCUUCCCGCUAGUAGGGGUGACUCCACCCGGCCCUGCCUGUCUCCCUGGACCUGCUGCUCGCAGACCCCUCUCCGUUUCAUCCAACAUCCUGUCUCUGUCAGGACCCCGGUGACCGUUGGCGGGAGGGGCCCGGGGCUUGAGAAGGGGAUACCCCCGGGAGGUGCGCGUGGGAAGGAGCAGAGAGCUGGCGCGAGUGGUCCCCCCCGCAGGUUGUCUGGGUAACGAGGGCCUGGCACGCGUGGCUGCCUUGGGCGGGCCUGGAGGGGGGCGGGGGCAGCCGCGUGCGGCAUUAGAGCGUAGGGGAGGGGACCUGAGAGGAGGGGACAAGCAGAGCGGAGGGGAGACCCGCCACCUCCCUCCUUCCCUUGCUCCCUCCUGGGUUGCGGCUGCUGCAACGGCGGCAGCGGCGACGGCUGCGGUGGCAGCACCAGCCGGAGCAGUCUGGAGUCCAGCGUCCAGGAUUUGCUGCUGUCUCUGCUGCUCCAUCCUCCCCUCAGAGGCCCUCUCCCCUCUCCCAUCUCAAGAUGGCAGCCAGCAGCUCUGAGGUCUCUGGGAUGAAGGGGACAGAGGAGGGUCUCCAGGCCCAGGGAGAAGGACCUGGCCAUUCUGAGGCCAAAACUGGCCCUCUCCAGGUCCCAGCUGGGGUCCCAGAUGAGCCAGAGGCCCUGCAGCCAGGUCCAGACAUCACUGGGGCCCCUAUGGACUCAGAGCCCAAAGCUGGGGUGGCUCCAAAAAUCACAGAGACCCCAACAGGGGCUGCAGAAACGGCCCAGGCCAAAGACCUCAGCCCAAGCUCAGGAGGGGAGCCAAAGGCCAACUCCAGUCCCCAAAAAGCAUGCCAAGAGCCAGCAUUUCAGCCAGAAGUGAGCAAAGAGGUCACUGCAGACCAGGGGACCAACCUGGAGUCUGCAGGCCCGUUUGAGUCAGCCUCAGAGCCCACUUCCCAGCUGGACCCUCAGUCAGAGGCCCAGCCCACACCCAAGCCAGCCCUUCAGACAGAGCCUCCUACCCAGGAAGACCCCACCACUGAGGUCUUGAGUGAGAGUCAAGGGGAAAAGCAGGAGAAUGGGGCAGUGGUUCCCCUGCAGGCUGGUGAUGGGGACGAGGGCCCAUCCCCACAGCCUCACUCACCACCCUCAACAAAACCCCCCCCAGCCAAUGGGGCUACCCCCCGCAUGCUGCAGCAGCUUGUUGAGGAAGAUCGACUAGGAAGGGCUCACAGUGGGCAUCCAGGAUCUCCCCGAGGUAGCCUGAGCCGCCACCCCAGCUCCCAGCUAGCAGGGUCUGGUGUAGAGGGGGGUGAAGGAACCCAGAAACCUCGGGACUACAUCAUCCUCGCCAUCCUGUCCUGCUUCUGCCCCAUGUGGCCUGUCAACAUUGUGGCCUUCGCUUAUGCCAUCAUGUCCAGGAACAGUCUGCAGCAGGGGGAUGUGGAUGGGGCCCAGCGUCUGGGUCGAGUGGCCAAGCUCUUAAGCAUCGUGGCGCUGGUAGGGGGGGUCCUCAUCAUCAUCGCCUCCUGCGUCAUCAACUUAGGCGGUGAGUGGGGGUCUGGGACAGGCUGGGAGGAAUGGAAGGGUUGGCAAGGGUGGCUUUACUAACUCUUGCCCCCCCCACACUCUCUCCUGUCUAUCCUCUCUAUUCCUUUGUCUCUCCUUGUCUCCCCCCCCAACUGUCUGUCUGUCUGUCUGU